AGGGUGCCUUGCUGAGUCCCGUGAAGCAGCCGGAGCAAGAUGUCAGGACCCAGCAACGGGAAGUCCGUUUCUCAGGUCCCCAAGAAACUGGUGAAGGCGAACCCUUUGAAACAUUCAGGGCCUUAUAGGAAAAAAGAAAUCUACGUUGGAAAUCUCCCCCUGGAUAUCAAAGAGGAAGAGAUCGCCAUCUUAUUCAAGAACUUUGGGAUCAGGUCCGUGAAGAAGCACCACAGUUCCUUUAAAAGCUUUGCGUUUCUGGAGAUGGUGUCCCCGGAGGCCGCGCAGUUGGCCGUCCAGCUCUUGAACGGACACCCGGUGAAGGGGCAGCUGAUAACCGUCGCCUUCUCGGAGAGCAGGAAACCUCACGAGCUUCCGAAAGCCAGCGCUCAGAUGCCGGAAUUGGAGAUGAUCCCCUACAGAGAAUUUGGACCGCCUGGCGGUGACCCCUACCUUUCCCCUCCUUUAAAUCCGAGGGUCUUCUAUGCGGUCCCCAUGGAAAUGAGGAGUUCGUUCCUGCUCCACGUGCUGAACGACUGCUUCGGAGACGCAAGGUGGCUUCUUUCCGUGGCCAACGUGGUGGGGGACGUGGGACUUUUGGUGACGGACACGUUUCCGCUGACGCCGUAUUUCUGGGCUAUCGUCCUCGGCGAGGAACGUCUCCAAACCAUGCAGAGACUCUUCUCGGCCUUGGCCGAAGCCGAGACUCAGUUGCCCUUCCUGGCGAAGCAGGACGUACGGCGGGGGAUCCGAUGCCUGGCCGAAUGCAACAUCGGGGAAGAAGGCAGCGCCUGGAACAGAUGCUGGGUUUUGGACACUCUGGAAAACGUGGCGGUGGUUUUCUUCGUGGAUUUUGGCCACUGCGCCAACAUCCCUCUGAGCUCGCUACGAAAGCUGGAGGGGGAUGAAUUCUGGCAAAUCCGCCCCUUGGCUCAGCCCUUCGUGCUGGAAGAAGACGUUUUUAGCCCGCAAGUAAUCAGGAGGCAGAUCCUGGAAGGAAAAGUGAAAGGUCCUUUUCAAGGGGAGCUCCACAUUUUAACGUUUGCUCUCAAAGCAAACUCCAAAGUUGUUCAGUGAGGCAUCCCCACAGAAAGCUUGAAGCCGAUCGAUGUUCUUCCACGAAGACUUGCGGGUCAUUCCCGGAAACUCGAAUUCGUUUUUUUUUUUUUUAACCGAGGCCUGUUGAGGAUGUUGAAAAGCUGGUUUAAAGAUGUUUUGUGUCGUUCGCUUGGUCACUUCGUUGAGGCCCUCUAACCUUCUGUGCUGCUGAAGAGGCAAAGCAUAAAUCUUAUUUUUCCUACCGCGUUAUGUGUCUCAGACGGCUGGAUUUGUGUGCGUGGUAUGUGGCCCGGAGGAAAAACGCAUAAAUCUGUGUCCCGGCUGAGCUUUUCUGUUGCAACGUUGUCCUCCGUGUUUGCGAUGGCAGUUAAUUUAUUAAAAUGCAGCAUGUGUCCAGAAGUUGGCGUGUUCCCCCUACUUCCAUUUUAAAACUCUGCUUUCCAGCUACUUCUGCAGAGGCGAUCGGAUUAAUUGAGAAGCUGCUGCGGUUUUAAAAUUCUGCUUUUCCCUGUGGGCAACCGGGGCGUCAUUUUAAGGAGAGGCUCAGCUCUCCCUAAGAAAGAUGGAGAAUUUGGGGUAUGUUGAGAGCGCGUCUCUACUCUGGUCUGAUGCUGGAUGGCUAGAAAUUUAUGUCUAAUUCUGAUAAAAGGUGUAUGGGGGUCCUGGCUCCUAAGAUGAUCUUGGCAGAUCUGUGUGCGUGAACCUUGUUUGAAAAGCCUGAACAGAUUAGGCUACCUCUAAUCUAGAACAGGCUUGAAAACGAUGCAGAACCCGACAGAAGAACCACUAAGCCCAUUUUCUGGGAGGCGCUGCCUAUGGAAAUGGCUAGAUUGGGGGGGAAAAGCUUCUAGCCCUCAAGAAAGAUCAGCCUUGAGCCAAGGGGAGUAGCUGAAGGACCGGUCACCUGCGUUUCUGCAGGCUGGGAGGAAAGAAAACAGCUUGGCACGCUGCGUGACGAUUCUUCACUUGCUCGACGGCCUUUCCUAAGCUAAACGCGCCGUUCCCUGCGUCUGUCCUUGGGAAACAGAGUUUCCGGCACCCCCAAGAUGAUCCUUGUAUCAUCUCUUUUCUGGACUUUUUUUUCCCAGAUUCCCAGGACUCGAGGUGGAAGACAGGUAUCUAAACCACCCGGGGUAAUUUUGACCUGGUUCUGCUUCCCAAUUUUUCUCUGCAUCAUCUCACAGAGAUGUAACUCAGUUCUAUUGGGAGGCUGUAAAUACUUUAUCCCAGGGGGGAAAAAACGGUGCUAAUGAACCACAGAUCCCCCACUGAAGGAAUGGGGAUGAGGGGGCCCAGAGGGAAGAAAUUCUUGCUUGAGAUUUUGGGGGGGGAAUGCAGAAUGGGGAGUCUACGUCAGCCGCCGCCACCGCUCUCGCCCCCUUUGCAACUCCGCGGACAGAGGCAGGACCAGUCCCCCUUCAAAUUAACAAAUGUAAUUGUUCUCCAAAGAUACAUUUUUCCCCAUAGACAUCCAUCAUACACGGUAACCAAAACAAA